AUGGGGACAAUGCUGCAAGAGAGGACCAUGCACAGUGAUUACAAAAAUCUCAACAACCGAGUGAAGAACAAACCCUCCCGACAUGCACCAAGAAACCCCAGAGAGGUCAUCACUAAACCAAAUUAUCAGGUGACCUCCACAAAUGGUCUUAAGAAUAGAAGCCACAGGCAAAAUACCCGACGUAACAGUGAAAAAAGCAGAAACGGCAACCAGGAUCAAGGAAAGCUCCCAAGAUCUCUGCCAUCUUCACUGACUUCUGUGCCUGCACAAAGUCCAGAAUUACCCAAGCAGAAGACCCAUACUGAGCAAGUAAAGCCUAACCCCAAAGACGAGGACGCAGACAGCGGCAGCGACCUGUCAGAACUCGAGAGAAUCCCAAGACCUCCAUCAAGCACUGAACCUCCACAACUUUACCUACGUGAAGAAGUCAUUCAUCCUCAGGACCUCCAAUCAUCACGGCAUCUGUAUAGAUCAAGGACCGUCUUCUCUGACAGCUACCCAGACUUUUUGCCUCCACCGUUUAACUCCUGGAGUCUCCGGCAGCUGGCUGUGUACCUAAAUACGGAUGGCAAGGGCAUUCCUCGCCUGAGACCCGUCAGCCAGCUGGAAAGAUAUCUGGAGCGGGUGUUACAGCUGGAAUGGUUUCAGAUUCAGACUGUCCAUGAGGAAAGCAACAAGUCCACAUGGACCAGACGGCAAGGACCCCGGACUUCCCCUCACUCCAGCCUCAGUGCUCCAAAAAGUAUCCUGCAUUGCCAGCGUGCCUUUCCUUGGGCUUUACUUUCUUCACUUCAGCCACAGGGCUGCAACGGAGCAUGUCGCUUAUACACCAACUCUCACCACACACAUUUGAGUCCGCUGACUGAAAAAAGUACAAAAACACAGAAGCUUCCCAGGCGGAGCAGCAGCGAGAGUAGGGUUCAUCAGUUUAGAUCACACCGCAGUCACAGACUUAGUGAUUCUCUGGACGGUAGCAAUUAUAUAAAACACAUGCAGGCCAUUGGGAACAUUCGGAAUCCUUCAGGUUUUACAUGCAAUUUUCAGGAUGUCUCUGGUAAUGUGACCACAGAGUCGUUAAGAAGGAAGGGCUCAGGGGGACGAAGUCGCUCCUGUGGGGAUGUGAGCAAGGAUGAAUACCGGAGAGCAAGGGCGCAUGGCUCUUUUCACGAGUCAUAUUACAAGCUCAGUCGUAAGAAUCGACUCUUUCGGUUCUCAAACGGCUCUUCGACUGUCGCGAUAAUGGGUUCCUGA